AUGGCAAAUAUAUUUACUGGCAAAGCGUUCUUACUUGUAACUGGAGCAAGUCGUGGUAUUGGCAAACAAAUUGCAGAAACGUUUGGUGGAUUAUUGAAUGAGGAUUCAACGAUUUUAUUACUGUCGAGAAAUGCUGAAAAUCUACAGCAAACUGUCAAUGCAUUGCCUAAAGGCUUGAAUGCAACGUACAAAAGCAUCGACUUCAGUACAACAAGUGCAGAAGAACUUCAAGACGUAGUAAAAGCAUCGUUGAAAAAUGAAAAACCCGAAAGUUUCGAUGAAGCAAUCAUUGUGCAUGUCGCGGCUAUGGCAACGUUCAACCAAUCUACAAUCGAUAUGACUAAUUUUGAAAAAUGGCACAGUUGCUUUAAUUUGAAUAUGAUUUCUGCGGCUGUUCUUAAUGGUAUUUUCAUAAAAACAUUUAAUGAUAAAAAUGUUAAAAAACAUGUGAUAAAUGUGAGCUCUUAUUGGGGUUUGAAACCGGACGUCUAUGUUGGAUCUUAUUGUUCAGCGAAAGCUGCGAAAGAUAUAUUUUUCAAGGUAUUCGCUUUAGAAAAUCCAGAUGUCAACGUUCUCCUUUACUUGCCGGGUCACGUCGAGACAGAAAUGUUCUACGAUGCCUUGGAAAAAGGAAAAAACGAUGAAUUGAAAGCUAAGCUAAAAGAGUUGAUUGAAAAUAAAAAAUUCGUGACGCCGGCGCAGACGGCUGAUUACCUCGUUAAAGUGUUGCAAAAACGCAAUUAUAAAUCUGGCGAUUAUGUUGAUUAUUAUAAUAAGAUAAAUUACGAGGAGGUGGUGGUUAACAACGUCAAUAAACGACCUGACGACGAUUGCUUUGAGGAUUCCUUUGUCCUGCAAUCCUUUCGCGAGGAACUAGAAAAGUUGCCUGACUCCGAAGAAUACUUAGCCCGGCUUCAGUCCCGACUGGAAGCUCUCAAAGGAGGGACAUCAAAGCGUGAUCUUAUUAACUCCCUGUCCAUUGCAAAAGAGGAGUGCAUUGCAAGAUUGAUAACAGGUGGACAUAAUCUUGAGAUUUCUGAAGAACAAGAACUUGCAGCAAAUCCAGUCAUUAGGCAUAUUGCGCCACACUUGCAAGCUCUCACAGCAAACGAAUUGGUACAUUUGCUGAAAGCUGAUGUGCUCCAAGCUGUGGUAGACGAGCAGAAUAAAGAUUCAGAAAGUCAAGACUCCGAAAGCAAAUUCAAACCAUUUUCUGGUAAAGUUUAUUUUUUAAUUACUGGGGCCAGUCAAGGUAUUGGCAAAAAAAUUGCUGAAGUACUUGGUUCGUCUUUAGACAAUGGUUCCCAAGUUUUGUUGUUAGCUAGAAAUACUGUCAAGUUGGAAGAAACUGUAUGUAUGUUACCUAAAACUGUAACUGUUAAUUUUGAGAGUGUAGAUUUAAGUUCAGCUACAGCAGCAGAACUUAAAGAAAUCAUUUUAAAAUCAUUAAAUUUAUCUGCACCAACUCAGUUUGAUCAAGCAGUCAUUGUACACAAUGCUGGAUCAGUAGGAGAUGUUACAAAAUCUACUAUUCAGAUGACUGAUUUCAUUGAGUGGAGAAAAUACUACGAUCUCAAUGUAUUUUCUCCAGCUGUUCUCAAUGGAGUUUUUAUGGAACUGUUUGGAGAUAAAAUAAUUAAAAAGCAUGUGAUUAAUAUUACAUCAUUAUGUGGAAUUCAGCCAAUGAAGUCAAUUGGAUUUUAUUGUAGCGGCAAAGCGGCCAGAGAAAUGUACUUUAAGGUUUUUGCUGAAGAAAAUCGUGAUGUUAAUGUUUUGAACUAUUCUCCUGGGCCAGUCGAAACCGAUAUGCUACAGACAAUAUCAGACAAUGUUGGCGAUAAAGAAGUACAAGCUAGUUUCCAAACCAUGAGAAAGAAUAAUAAAGUUUUGACCACAGAUCAAACAGUUACACGACUAACAGAAGUUCUUUUGAAAAGAAAAUAUAAAUCUGGAGAUCACGUGGAUUACUUUGAUCAAUUAUGAACAUUAAUCACGUUCGGUUCAAACACAUUCUAUAACUCAUGGAACAUUAUUCUUUAUUUUUAAAGCAUCUAUAAGCUCUUGUUUAAAACUUUACUUACGCAAGCAAAUUGAACGAAAUAAUUUAAAACCACUUAUCAAUAAUAAACAUCAUAGUUAAAAAAAUAAUAGUUUGUUAUUGCUUUGUAGAAGUAUAGGCCUCUUAAUA